UCCGACUAUCGUCCAGCUUGGAGGUCUGAUCGUCCACUUGGAUAUCUUCCCCUCAGUGAGCUUGACAGCGGCUUGGGCUGUGGGCCAGACAGCCCGCACCACAGGGUGGCACUCUCUGAAGCCGAGACAGAUGCCAUGUCAUCUCUGCCAGGCCACACCCCUUCCUCCCAAGGCUCCACCUCUUCCUCCGAGUCCCUAAUCUCGUCUGAACCCAGCGACUCUGGCUUCCACAGCGUCAGCACCGGGGAGCACCGACGCCUGCACAAGAUUCACGGGGCCCACAACCACAGGCAAACUCCCCACCUCCGAUCAGGCCACUCCCCUCGAGAACAGAGAGGACGCUGGGACUUGGAGUCCAUUCCCGAGACGACGCCGGUAAUCCACUCUGGAACGCCGCAGGCAUCCCACUGCUCGGUGGGUAAUAGCACGACCACAACAGUGCACUUCCACAGAGCGGAGAGGAGUCCCACUUUACCGCGUCACCGUUCACCACCGUCACCAUCCGUUGGUUGUCGCACCGAGCCUUGCCAGAGGAGGGCGCUGUGGUUGGAGCAGCAGCAGGGUGGAGGCAGGAUGAUGGAGGCUCCAGGGAGGAGUCGAACGAUAAUGGAUCUGAGUGAGGGGCAGAGGCGCCGCCGGGCGAGUCACCCCAACGUGACGGACCAGAACACUCCGAGGAAUACACACCAGAACAGCCAACCCAGUCCGACCAGUGACGCGAUGGGGCCCAGGAGCAGGGCCAGUUAUCCCAGCAACGGUCACCCCGCCGGGCGCCUCAGCAUUGACAGACCCAUUCUGACUAAUUAUCCAAGCUCAAACCGGAGCAGAGAGGAGGACUCCYUCUCUAAGAGUCCUGGAUCUGCCUCCAGUGGUAUCUCAGACUGGAGAGGCUUUCAGACUCUAGGGAGUCACACAGAGACCUCUAAAAGUUCAUGUGUUCCUUUGUACAGCACUCUGGGAGCCCCUCAGCGAAGUCCUCGAUCUCCAACUUCUCCCCGGUCCAGACUGUCCAAUCAGAAGUCUGUCAGGAACCAGCUGCUCAGAGCCCGAGCCUACCGAUUGGCAAGGGAACGCAGCGAGGUCACGACAGAUGAAGGAGAGGGAGCAAGGGAAGGAGACGAAGAAGGGGAUGACGGACGGUGGGCAGGGCGAUACUGGAGUCGGACGGAAAGGAGGCGUCAGAUGGCUUUGUCACGGCAACAUCGAGAGAGGAGAGGGGGCGGGGAGGACCAGGUGGGGGGAGGCCAGGGGCCGCUGUCGUCUCAGACGGUGUUGGAGCUGAGCCACAUGAAGCAGAACCGCCUGAGGAACAGCAAACUGCUGGAUGACUGGACCACGGUGGAGGAACUGCUGACGCACGGGACACGGGUGGAGAGCGACAGUCAGCUCUGCCCGAGUCCCCUGCUGUCAGUGACCACCGUCUGAUCAGAACACCGUCACAAGUCCUGAGAGCCUCGCACAGGUCCAGAUUCAGUAAAGGUUCAGAAUGAUUGACACAGAUUAAUGAAGCCAGUUCACUUCAUACAAACAGGUCCAUGAGGCUCGAAGUGUCAAAUGAAAUGUUGAAAAWUUUUCAGUAACAUGUUUUUCAUUAUUUAGAUCACUUUGUGAGUGUUAAAAAUUUUCCACUAUAAKGUUGCUGUUGUUUAGCUCACUGUGCUUAUAUUUAGCUAAUAUUUACUAAAAGUUUAAAUGUUAAAAAAAUAUUUAAAUAUUAAAUCCUAAAUCUAAAUGUUUCAAUCUAAAUGUAAAAGUUAACCUUAAAUGUUUAGGUAUUGUGGAACGGAACGCAUCCUUUGCUGUUGGCGCUCGGCUCAUGUUAUGAUGUCAUCAUCCUGAGACAAUAGCAACUGCUAGCUCCAAUGCAGCUAAAGCUUCGCUACAAGACAUCAAACUGGCAGUUCUGGCUGUUGUCUGAGCUUAACUUCAAACUGCUGGACCACCAGAACCACCCAUAUUGUUCUUACGAACACAUUUUUAAUUAUCUCCAGCAGUGUUAGCAGUGGCUAGCUGUGCUAGCAGGGGAUAUUUUUUAUAUUUGUUGCAGGAUGAUGACGUCAUGCUGGUUAGCUAAUCCUGCUAAAGAUAGAGUUCAGAAUUUAAUAUUUAAUUGUUUUUUUAACAUUUAAACAUAACAUUUAGUAAAAAUUGUCAAAAUGUAAG